UUUUUUGAAGAAGAGUACUGGUGCAUGCACAUGCAUUUCAAUGAGAUUAAUGACAAUGUAAAAAAAAUAACCAGAAACCACGAGAUAGAUAAAUUUAUAUGGAAAGCACAGCAACGUAAUAAAGAUUUGAAAUGGAUUAAUCUUAGAGAAUUCUUCGACACAAAGUGUUCAGCGAAAGGAGGAUUUGAAGCAGUUUUUUCAGGAAAAUGGAAAAAUGACUUGAUAAUACAAGCUUUACCGACCGACAUAUUUAAUGUAAAUUUUCCCAUCCAAAACACCAUGAUUGCUUUAAAAUCCUUGGAGAAUUCGAAAAUUUGCUCUAUUUGCAACGAAAAAGGAUUCAUUGGAUAUCAAUGCUUGAAGGAUGGAUGUAAAAAUCUAAAAAGAAACGUUGAUUUUUCCUGCUUGUUAUGCAUCUCGACAAAUAUUCGUUUGAAAACUAUCUUGUGCAAAACUUGCAAUCCAACUGGUAUUGGCCUUUGUGUUGAAUGCUUUGGUGAUGAGUUUUUUGAAGAAGAGUACUGGUGCAUGCACAUGCAUUUCAAUGAGAUUAAUGACGAUGUAAAAAAAAUAACCAGAAACCACGAGAUAGAUAAAUUCAUAUGGAAAGAAAAGCAACGUAAUAAAGAUUUGAAAUGGAUUAAUCUUAGAGAAUUCUUCGAGGAUUAUAUAAAACAUCCUAUCAUAAACACUAAGUUCGCUUUAAAAGACUUGGAAAACUCGAAAAUUUGCUCUAUUUGCAAUGCAAAAGGAUUUAUUGGGUAUCAAUGCUUGAAGGAUGGAUGUAAAAAUCUAAAAAGAAACGUUGAUUUUUCCUGCUUGUCAUGCAUCUCGACAAAUAUUCGUUUGAAAAGUAUCUUGUGCAAAACUUGCAAUCCAACUGGCAUUGGCCUUUGUCUUGAAUGUUAUGGAGGUGAAGAGAAGUAUUGGUGUAUACAUUUGGAUUUCAAAGGAAUUAACGAAGACUUAGAAAAAAGAACCGGAAAUUACGAGAUGGAUAAAUUCAUCUGGGAAACAAAUCAAAAGGUCAAGGAUUUGGAAUGGAUUGAUUUUAAUGACUUUUUUGAUAUCAAAUAUUUGGCAAAAGGAGGAUUUGCGACUGUAUAUUCAGCAAAUUGGAGAUCAGGUCGAGACUCACAAGUUGCUUUAAAAUGCUUAGAAAAUUCGAAAAAUUUCUCAAAAGAAUUUCUUAACGAACUUUAUGCUUACUAUGAAUGCAUUGGAAAAAGUGAAAAAGGAAUAACAUGUUACGGUAUUUCAUUUUAUCCAGAAAAGAAUCAAUUAGUUUUAGUAUUAAAGUAUGCAGAAAAAGGCAAUAUUCGACAAUAUUUACAAAACGAACGCCAGAAUUUAAAUUGGUAUCGUCGAGUACAACUUUUAGAAGGCAUAAUUGAAAAUUUAAAGCUGAUUCACUCAAAAAAUUACAUUCAUCGUGAUAUUCAUAGCGGAAAUGUGCUUAAAGGGAGACUAGUUCUCCAAAGUUAUAUAACUGAUCUUGGAUUAUCGCGGCCUGUUGAAGAGGAUGAUAUUGAUGAAAAUGAAAGAGAUCGAAGUCGGCUUAAUCAUGAUAGUUUAAGGCAAGAAAUUUAUCCAGGAGUGGACGCAAGCAUAUCUCACUAUGUCUCGACUGUACACAGUUGCGAUACACUAAGAACAGAAGUCCAUCCGGGUGCCAUUUAUACAAGCAGAUUUAUUAGCUAUGCCAUAACCGAUCAAAGUAAUGCCUCAUUUGUGUCUGGAAGCAAUCGUAUCUAA